CGGCCUCUCGCUUUCACCCCCUCCGGGUCCGGGUGCGGGGCGCGCUUUCUUCUUCUCGGUUGCUCUCUUCUUCUUCUUCUUCUUCCCGCGACGACGUCACACGCAGUACCUGCUGCUACUACAUACUACUCUUAUUAAUUUCUCUCCUCCUUCCCUCUUCCUCUUCCUGUGUUCCACUUGGUACUCUACUACCUCCUCUCCGGCCGUUCCACCGGCGCCGACCACCCACGCGCGCGGCGCGCAGACCUCGAUCGAGGCUCCGCUCCAGGCGGCGCUGCGGGCCUUCUCCGUUAUCUGAUCGAUCGAUCGAUCCACAUCCACCUGCUGCUGGACGUACAGUACAGGCCACACUGCAUGCAGUGCUUCAUCAUCAGUACUCGUCCGUCGAUCGCCGCGGCCGCCGGCUCAGUACAACUAGUUCACAAAUGCUGAGGUGUGCUGUCAGUGAAGACAGAGACAUCAUCAGCUCCUCGCUCAUAUGCUACGCAGCAAGGGCGGUGAGCAGUCAGUUGAUGCAGCAACUGCUACGACAGUCCACAGGAGAGAAUGACUAUUUAUUCAUUAAAAAGUCCAAAGGGCCCAGUGUUGCCUCUACGAUCUGUUCUCGUCUUCUUCAUUGCAAUGUUCAGCUUCUACGUCUGCUACUUCUCCUUCCAUCAGAUUAGUUUAGAAAAUGAAGAAAAAAUGACCAGUGCAGACAGAGCUGAACAAACAGAGAUCCAUUGCACAAGACCUGCAACUCCACAUGAGCAGAUGCGAUAUGUGCACUUUCCGAGGCCUGCCACUUACGACAGGGGCGAAUGUGCAUGUAACCCGGUUCGCUUCUUUGUCAUCAUAUCUAUGCAAAGAUCAGGGAGCGGGUGGUUCGAGACUUUGCUCAACAGCCACCCCAAUGUUAGCUCAAAUGGCGAGAUAUUCUCUGUCAGGGAUAGAAGAGAAAAUAUUUCAUCUAUUUUGGCGACUCUUGAUAGACUAUAUGAUAUGGACUGGAUCACUAGUGCGGCGAAGAAUGAAUGUACAGCAGCGUUUGGAUUGAAGUGGAUGCUAAACCAGGGACUGAUGGAAAACCAUCGAGACAUCGUUAACUAUUUAAACAGGAGGGGUGCAAUUGUGAUAUUCCUCUUUAGGAGAAACACAUUACGGAGGCUUAUCUCUGUGUUGGCGAACAACUACGAUAGAAGAACAAAGCAGCUGAAUGGCGUCCAUAAAUCACAUGUGCACUCAAAAGAGGAGGCUGAGAUCCUGGCAAGAUUCAAGCCAGAGCUGGACAUAUCAACUCUGAUUCCGAGCAUCAGGGACGCCCAGCGCGCCAUGAGAACCUGCCUGGGUCGCUUCAGCAGCACGCGCCACAUGGUCCUCUACUACGAGGAUGUCAUCCGCGACAGAAAUGCACUGUCCCGGGUGCAGGAAUUCCUUGGGGUUCCGGUGAGGAAGCUGUCCAGUAAGCACGUGAAGAUCCACACCAGGCCACUCCCGGACCUGGUCGACAACUGGGAGCAGGUGAGCCAGGUGCUGAAUGGGACACGGUAUGGUCGAUUCCUUGCUGAUGCAGACUAUGCCAAGUGAUGAUCGGCCGGGCCAAAUGAGUGUCAGGUCGUAGUCCCAGUUUUUCACAGAGGGGGUGAGAGAUGAGGAAAGUGACGAGAGUUUUACUGCCGCAUUUUAGAUUCUGUAUGUAUAGGUUUAUUUACUGGU